UAAAAAGCGAAUGAAUGAAUUGUAUUUAUCGGGCAGCGUGCAAAUCUUGUUAUUUCACGCGCCUUCUCCUCCAUUUGGGUUCCGUCCACUCCUCCUCACUGCGACCGAGAAAGGCCGCGGCCGGAGCCGGAGAAUCAUCCAUCCACCCUCCAUCCUCUCCUCCUAGCCUAGGGUUCGUUCCGAUUCACGAUGGGUGCCAACUCGUUGCCAUCCGAGUCCACUCACGAUCUCGACGAGCAGAUCUCUCAGCUCAUGCAGUGCAAGCCACUCUCCGAGCAACAGGUAAAAGAAUUAUGUGAGAAGGCUAAGGAGAUUUUAAUGGAGGAAAGCAAUGUCCAGCCUGUGAAAAGCCCUGUCACAAUUUGUGGUGAUAUUCAUGGCCAGUUUCAUGAUCUUGCUGAACUAUUUCGAAUUGGAGGAAAGUGUCCAGAUACUAACUACUUAUUUAUGGGUGAUUAUGUGGACCGGGGUUAUUAUUCAGUUGAGACUGUGACUCUCCUUGUGGCACUGAAAGUGCGGUAUCAUCAGCGAAUUACUAUUCUUAGGGGAAACCAUGAAAGCCGUCAGAUUACUCAAGUAUAUGGAUUUUACGAUGAAUGCUUAAGAAAGUAUGGUAAUGCUAAUGUUUGGAAGACCUUUACAGACCUCUUUGAUUUUUUUCCAUUGACUGCAUUGGUAGAAUCAGAAAUAUUCUGUUUGCACGGUGGCCUGUCACCUUCAAUUGAGACCCUUGAUAACAUAAGAAACUUCGACCGUGUUCAAGAGGUUCCUCAUGAAGGGCCCAUGUGUGAUCUAUUGUGGUCUGACCCGGAUGACAGAUGUGGCUGGGGGAUAUCUCCUCGUGGUGCUGGAUAUACUUUUGGCCAGGAUAUAUCUGAACAAUUCAAUCACACAAACAGCCUUAAGUUGAUUGCGAGAGCUCAUCAGCUGGUUAUGGAUGGAUUUAACUGGGCUCAUGAACAAAAGGUGGUUACCAUUUUUAGUGCACCUAACUACUGUUACCGAUGUGGGAACAUGGCUUCCAUAUUGGAGGUUGAUGAUUGCAAGGGACACACAUUUAUCCAGUUUGAACCUGCUCCAAGGAGAGGAGAACCUGACGUGACCCGAAGAACGCCUGAUUACUUCCUGUGAUGUAGCUGUGCUGAAUGUUAUACUGGUAUAUCAUGGUUACCGCUAUUUAUGCACUAAUUUCAGGUAGUUGUGUUGUGCAUCCUCAUUGGAGAGAUUACUACUGUAAGCAUUUAAAUCCAUGGAUAUACAUUCGCGGCCUAUGCUUUUAUGGUUUGUCCAAACACUGCUUUGAUGUAUAAUAGGCAGGUAACAUUCAACUGAUCUGUUGCACUCAAGAACUUGCUGGACACCCAGUCUGGAGUAGUCGCCAAGAUAAUAUGACUUUGUCGGAAUAUGUAUUGUUCCAUCAAAAUGUGGAUAUUUUUUGUUUAGCUUUACCUGUCUAUUUUUCUCAUGUUUUAUAAUUAUACCUCCCUUUCCAGGUUUUAGGCACUAUGACUGGAUUUUUUUUGAACUCGUCGAUGUUUUUGCUAUGUUCUACCAAUUUUUAGUGAAAGUUGCAUGAUAUAGCGAUUUGAUUGGCUCUUA